GCUUCAAAUAUUAAUCGAUUACUACCAGACCGCACAACACGUGCGCCCACCUCUCUCUCGUAGCAACCGCGUUCAAUACAUACCAGCGGAAUUUGAGAAAAAGUUCCUUUCGUUUUUUAAUAAUCAAUUAUGGUCACAAGAAAACGGCCAAUAAAGCGCAGCGCCCAGGUGGCUGCUAUUGAUAAUGGAAACGAAAGCGAAGAUGAAAACGGCGCAUCACAGCCAAAGGUGCCAAAAGAGUUGCUUGUGAUUGCACAGGAGGUGAAAAUAGUGCGUGCCUUGGCCUGCAAUGACUUAACAAAGCGCAAUCGUCAGAUCCGUAAACUGCGAAAAUGGUUCCAGCUGCGUGCGGUGAGUUCUUUUCCGUUUACCGAGGAUGAUUUCAUGAGAAUUUGGAAAGGAUUGUACUACAACGUAUGGAUGUCGGACAAACCGCUUGUCCAAGAGGAGCUGGCUGAACAACUGGCACAAAUGAUCGACAGCUUCGGCGGCAACACAGCUUGCAGUCUGGCGUACUUCAGCGCUUUUAUGCGAACUAUGUGCCAGGAGUGGUUUGGCAUUGAUCAGUGGCGUAUGGAUAAGUUUUUAAUGCUUGUGCGUCGCAUGCUGCGCUACAUGCUGCGCCUGCUCAAGAAGAGUAAAUGGUCAAAGGAUCUUAUAGAGGCAUUUAACGAAAGCAUGCAACAAUCGGUGCUUGCAGCACAGCCAAAGUCUCGUGGCAUAACUAUGCACUACAUGGAUGUGUUCUUCGAGGAGCUGGCCAAGGCUGCCAAUGAAGAGAUCACCGCCGAGCAAGUUAAUCUUUUUCUGCGGCCAUUUGUUCACUAUGUGGGCACACAGCGAGACGCCAAACUGGUGGCACAGUGUCGCACGCGUGUGCUCUAUCACUUGCUCUAUCAGAGUGAAUUGGGUCGAGAAUACAGCGAGAAAUAUAAGGCAUGGAAAGAAAUGGGCUUUCCCAGCAGCUCUAUAGACGAUGUUGAGAAAAUGGACUCGGGCUUCGAUGAAGAAGAGGAGGACGAUGAGGAGGAGCAACAGCAAGAAACCACAUCUCUCGAUCCACGUGCAGGAAAUGUUGAUGUGCUCAUGCCAGAACUACCGCUAAAUGCCGACUGUGUGCUGGAUGAGCUUCAGACACUGCUCCGCACACAGGACUACAACAGCAAGCGGCGUAAGGGAUUACGCAAGCUACUACACGUCUUUGAGACGUAUGCCAGUGGCGAAUUUCCAUUGGGUGUGCGCAACAUGCCCAAGCCCGAGGGCACUACAUUGUCGGAGCUCGUAGAGCAGAAGAUCAUUGACGCCGAUAAGUUUGAGGAGUCCAGUUUUGGCACUGGGCGCAGUCUUAAAAAGCUAAGCAAAUCGAAGCGUAAGCGCCUCCUCAAGUCCAUUAACUUUGAUGAAGUUGAUGAGGACAACUUUGACGAAAUUAUAAACAAAGCACUAUCGCCCAAACUGCAGAAGCAAGUGAAGCGCAAUGAAAUGGUCCGCUCUAGCAUAAAUAAUGCCUGGGUAGUAGAGGAGGUGGAUGCAGUUGAUGAGCAGCCUACGACAGUUAAGCAAGACCUAAACAAGACUAAGAAAGUGACUAAAGAGAAAGACGAGCAGCCAAAACAAAAGCCGAAGCAGCAAUCUAAUGAACAGCCCAAGGAGAAAUCCACGCAGCAGCCCAAGACACAGUCCAAGGAGCAGCCCAAGCAGCUGGCCAAGGUACAGCCAAAAGUAGCACAACCCGAACAGGAAGUAGAAACUGCAGAAGCUGAGUCCAAUGCGAAGUCGAGCAACGGCUGGAAUGAACCUUUGCAAGAAGGUGAAAGAGAUUACUUUGUGCCAUCGCGCAAAUCUCAAUUAAAGCAAGCCAACAGCAAGCUUCUGAUGAAUCCACUCGCUGUCCAAGGUACGCCCAAGAACCCAGCACAACGGCUGAAAUUCGGAGCAGCGCCGCAAUCGGAAAGCGGCAGCAAACGAGUGCGCAUUGUGACAAAGUGUAACAGCGCCUAUCCCAAAAGUGACUACUAUCGUCAGUUGAAGCUAUCGCCACAGAUGCCAUACGACGCGAAUCGUCAGCCCGGCAAAAGCGCACUCAAGCCGCACGUCCUGCCCGGCCCCAUCCAUCCCAACUUCAAGAAAAGCAAGCGUUUGUUCAACGAUACGCUGUGACGUUGCGUAAGCUGGCUGGGACUCGACUGGAGUGGAUAGCGAAGUGAACGGACUGAGCGAUUGGGACAGAUCAGCACAUGAUCGUGCGAUCGCAUGUGUGGGCCCAGUCUGGUGGAUGAAAAAUUAAAGCAUCGACUUGCAUAGUUAAUUCGCUAUAAUGUGCAUCAGAUAUUUUUACAUAUUCUAUAUAGUAUGCUUAUUUCUUGUUUUGCUUGUAGCCUGUAUUUUAACGUUCAAUAUGCGACACAUUUUGAAUUCAUAUCUAAAGUGGAAUAAAAGCAAAAUCAAUAUAAUGUAUUUGGGCUAUUAUUUCCAU